AUGGAUGACCACGAUUCGGCCACCUACUCCAUCGAUUCGGAACCGGAUCGAAAGCCAAUAUCGAUCGACGAUGUCGUCCUUCCGACCGUACGGCGUAGUGCUGUACAAAUUAUGUCCCUGUCGCCUCGUCGCCAACCGAAAAAACCCUCAACCGGUUGCGGGGACGGAAGUACUAUCCAAAUAACUAAGCUCGUUAUAAGAACGCCUCCCGGAAGCCCCAAACGGCAACCCAAAACACCCGGAAUCAUUGUCCGAUCCAUACAAACGUUCGCCGGACCGGGUCUUACGGGUGCCGUAGUUCACGGGCAGGAAUCUGUGGCCCCAAAACCGAACUGUGUGCUGGUGGAAAAUCGAAAUGUGUCCGAGGAACCGGCACCGUACCGGAUCAUUCCGAUCCACGCCGGUCAAAAGAACAAAACUAGCCGGAAGGAGUUUGACGUUCGUCAAAGUGAGCGGGAAAGUGCGACGAACGAGUUUCAUGCUUUUUUGAGGGAAAGUUUUAAAGAAAAUAAAACACCACCCCCGUCCUCGCCUCCGCCAGUGGCGCUUAAAGUCCUUAACGCUGCGCAGGAAACAACUACGGUUAAAUCCACGAAAAAGCCGCCACCUGUUCCCGUGGUGGAACCCGUAAAGAAAAAGGAAAAAUCUUACGAUCCUGCACGGGCCCGAGAGUUCAUGAAGGAGCAGCAAGCGAAACGACGCCAGGAGAAAAAGGAAGCUCCAACCAUCGGCGGCAUCGCCGGUGGGACCGUGAAAAGUGCUGCAAAAAAUGAUCUUAUUAAACAGCGCCUGGAAACGUUGCGGCAAAGCUCCCAGAAACUGGUGAUCAAUAGCGUUCAGAAAGCCCGCAGGCGAACGCAAUCCUGCGUCCCAGCUGAGACACGUGCUAAGGAACGAGGGCAAAUGAAGGGGAAAGAUGUGCCGCCUAGUCAACCGAGAUCUCGUCCUGUUGCAAUGCGACCGACGACGGGAAUGCGCAGGUUUUCAUCGACGCCAUCGCUACGAUUAACGAACAACCCUGUGAAACAUAAUGUCGCGAAUCAGGGAAAUGACGUCAGGGUUCCAUUGAAUAAACCUAAAGAUGCUUCCGUUGCAUCGAGUGUGCUUAAACGACCUUCUGUAGGCAGCCAAAUAACUGAUGAACGAUCGGGGAAUAAAUCUAACGCGACCAGUGGGAAAUCUUCUAACCCAUCGAGCGCUAGUUCCCGUACCAUUAGCAAGCAACCAUCGGAACCAAGCCUAAAGAUCGGUAUUUUACGCAAACCGGAGAGCAUUGCCCUGGACGACAUUCUACCGUUUAGUCCACUGAAGGUUCCUGCAGCGUCCUUGCGGGGUCGAGGCUCUACGGCGGGAAUGGUUAAUGCGCAGUUGAUAGUGAUCAAAGCCGAUGAUCAAACGGAUGAAGUGGAAAAAGAAUUAAAGCUUCAGGUGCCAGAAGUAUCACUUAUUCCACUUCCCAACGCUUCGCAUGAACCUGUCACACAAUCGGCCGAGAGUGUCCUCAAAAGGAUGGAGGAACAGCUCCCACAGGAUCAUCAAACACAACCGGUCAAAAGCAUUCCGUCUUGGUUGAAGCAAUCGCUUCGUCAACCCGAUCCAUACCCUUUCAUUGUGGCCGUACGAAAGAAGCUAGAAGCCGUACAGAAUGUCCGUGAGGAGAAAAACCACUCGAAGGAUGUGCUGGAAGCGGGAAAGCAUGAGCUCGAACUACCCAUUUCAAGGUGUAACGCGUAUCUGGGUGAGAUUGAACGUGUACCGUACAUAAGGAAAAGGCCAACACCCGCGACUCAGCUUCCUAAUCGGACCGAAUUUGAUGUAAAACCCGUAAACAAACAGCCAGUUGAGAUUGCGGGCGACGGAUCGGCAAUUAUGACCAAAAUUUCUCAGUGUUCAUCCUCGAACACUACGUCCGAGAUUAGUUCCAUUAAAUCAGACAUUGCUCCCCCGCUACCUCCGCUGCUGUGUAGUACCAGAAUUGAGGUACCAAAUCCUUCAGCUGGGACAAUCCCCGCCGCUAUUGGUGAUCCUAUCAGUCCAUUAUCGCUGGAUCGGAUUUCUCUCAUGAAAAUUGCUACUCCCGCUAGCAUUACGCGAUUAUCAACUUCCAAUGAUUCUGUCAAAUUCAAGGAUGCCCCGAAGGAGGAUGAGAGCCACGUAUCUCGACUGUUAAAUGUACCCCGUACGCUUGGCCAGCGUCCGUCCGUUGAUCCACAGCUUGAAAGAUCCCAGCGGGAAUUGGAAUAUCAGCGAUUGCUGGAGUCGUUCAACCGGAGCCUGACACACGUGAUCGAAGUCAAUCAACAGCUUUAUUCUGCGCUUAAAAAUGUCCCUACAAAUCCAUCAGCUCCAUCACUGCCGCAAGAGGUGUUGAGAAUCCGAGAUGAGAUGACGCAAACCUCACUGCCCGUAAGCAACGUGUCAAAGGCUAAAAAAUAUGGACCUCCGCGUCCAUUGGGAGGAAGCACAACAACAGCAUCAAAUUACAGUGACGAUUUUGAGCACCAGAGUCAAUCGGAAAGACCGCAAACUCCGGACAAAAAGUCUACCGAUACAGUAGGUUCUUCAACAACUACUGCCUCCUCGUCAACGACGGAUUCCUCGUCGUCCUCUUCGUCGUCAUCCUCUGCCAGUAACAGCAGUUCCAGCCAUGGGUCCGUUGAUAGCAAUAAUACUAGCUCUUCUCGAACGUCCUCGUCUCUGACCCACGAUGGUCAUAAUAAUUCUCCUCGCAGCGAGGCAGUCCUUGCCCGUCAGGAACCACAUGGAACUGAUGAUGAACGAAAGGCGACGAGCAAUGCUACCACCGCGCAGUCUAGUGAUUUCGAUUCGCGAUCGUUCAGUCUCUCGGAUAGCCACAACAACACGACCAACAAUCAUCCCCCAAUGCCCGAAGAAUAUCUACCAUCAUUCGAGGAGAGCUUACGCAGGGAUCAACUGUCCUCCGAUCAGCAGCAGCAGCAGCACAAAAGCGCUGGCGAUCGCAGCAAGGACAACAGAAAUGAACGCCAACUAAUCCUUGCGGAUGGUUCGCGAGAGAGCACCAUAAGCGAACGGAUCAAUCGUGAUCAAGAGGUGGAAGAAUCGUUCAGUUUGAAGCACGUGGAGGACGCGAACGAUGUCAAGGUGAACGCUGUGCCCCAGAAAGGUGGAUCGUCGGAUGAAAGUAUGGAGAAAACUGUCCUACCGGAAAAAAGGUUCAAAGAUCCCGUUAUCUUUGAAGAAAACGCGGAUGCAACGAUCAACUCCGAUCUGCUGAACGCCAUGUUUAAUCGAACGGAUUUGGAAGUGUCGAUACUUUCCACCACCGUAUCGGAGACGAAUCUGAGCUAUUCAUCCAUCGGAAUGUUCGAUCAACUAAUUCAAAACGAGCGCAGCAAGGAAGAGCACCUCGUAUCGCGCGUCCAGUCCAAGCAAAAGGCACUUCUCAACCGAGCCAAAGGACAGCUUGCCUGGUUGGAGCUUCAAAAGCAGCGCUAUCGGGAAAAGGGCAUGACCGAUCAAAUAUCGGCCGUGAAGAAGAAACAGCGUGCGAUUUUGCUACGGCUCGAAAAGAAUCGAGCCGAAUUGUUCCGGCAAAUGAAAUCCUCCACGGAGUCGUCCCGCAGCAUGAGUAACAAUCCGGUGUCGUUGAAAUCUGUGGAUAAUAAGCUGUCCUCGUACUGCUCGUCACCGGCCGCGACAAAUUCCGGCUCGUUAACUUUGCGCAAAUCAUCCAGCAGUGUCCAACGGCAUUCCCGUACACCGGAUGGUAUGCAUCAGCGUCAGGGAAGAAUCACUGGCACUACGACGAUGACUACGAGUAAUUCUAUACAUAUUGCCAUCCGUGGUCGAGAGCUGCAACCGAACGACCGCUUGGAGGACAUCUUGCUACAGCGAGAAGAUGAGUUGCGCAAACGCAAAGAGCACGUACAUCGUCUGCUCGAAUGGCACCGGAAAUUGGAAAAAGAUGAGCAAGACUUGAUUGCGGUGGAAGACCGACUACUCGCCUACAAUACCCGUAAGUUGGAGUCUGCAAACAGCCCGCGGAAGGAGCAUACCAUCGAAGCGCGGGUGCGGAACAUUGAGAAGAGUCUUCGAACACUUCAAAGCAUCCCAACGGCUGUUCCGCGCAGGGAUAAGAUGAAUGCGUGCGUCGGUAAUCAACAGGAGCUGCUUUCCUCGAAUGGAAGCAACGAGUCAAAUGGUUGCAUAAAGGAAUCAGAAGAAGAAAUCGUCCUAACGGGAGGCAGCAAGCUCAAUAGGCUCUGGUAUCGGUUAACCGGUAUGAAAGAACAACGGUACGAACCGGGACGUAAUUAUCCAAUAACGCGACCUCACCUGGAGGCAUUGUACGAAGAUGCGAAACGUUGCGUUCUCGAAGGAUUCCAGCGAAACGAUGGCCAUUUGAAGGAGACACUGCUCGAGCAAUCGAUCGGAAAACAUAGUCGUGAGAGUGGCGAAACAACCAUAAAUACUACGGCAAGUGCCGAGGGUAAUGCUUCAUUGCAAACUACUGUUACCGCUGCUCAGGUGCCACCGGAAAAGGAAGAAGAGAAAAUUCAAGCAGACGAAAACGUUUCGGAAUUUGUGCAACCAGCGCCUAUGAAGGAAAUUGAACUCCCCAGCCAAGAGGAACCGGAAUCGGGCGUACCGAUGAUGGAGAACGAUGCGAAAUGUCUGCUCUCGUCUACAGUUAACUCUUGGUCACCGAACUGCAGGAGAAGCAUUGAGUCGGUAGAGUUUCACACAAUGGAAGAAACGGCAUCGCAAGAAUAUCAGUCCGAUGUGGUAGACGAGCAAGAAGCGGCUGCAGAAAUCGAAGAACCAGCUAAAAGUGAAAGCUAUUCCAUGACGUUCGAGGAACAUUCAGCCGAGGGCAUUAUCAAAGAGGUGGAGGCUCAUGAAACAACCCAACCACUGAUCGAAGAUAUGUCCUUGCCACCAAUGCUGCUCACCAAUUCGCUAUCCAUGCUCGGUGAGGACGAUUCGGAGUCGAGUAGCAGCUGCGAGAGUAGCGCAACGGUAGAACUUUCCGUUCCGCUGUUGGACGGGAAUGCUACGGAAGAAAAGCGAUCAUCCGACGAGCACGAACCAGAUACCAUGAGCAACGAUGGUUCCGUUUCGAUCGCACAAUCUCUGGAUGAAGUAAGCACUAGCAGCUGUAUUUCCAGUGGAACGACUCCCACGACAGUAACUCCAACGUUGACGAACGAGGUGAUCGAGGAAGGCACCAUGCCUACCGUCGAGGAGGAACAGAAUAAGGACGAAAGUGUCACGGUAGAGAGCAACGAUACGCCGAGUGCCUCGGGUGCUGAAUACGAAGAAGACGUAUACAGCCUUAAAUCAAAAAGUGUCUCUACUCCCCCUCGAAGUGUAGCUUCGGAGCUGGAACAACGUCUCGUCACGUUGCACGAUGAACUGGAAGAACUGAGUGAGACUUUCGAAAGAACGCCAUUGAUGAGGUCCCCAACGGCACUCUCUGGGAUGGCAAAGCGGCCGGAAGAUCAUAACAGUUCCGAGGAGACGAUCACGUUCGAGGAUGGUGGUGAUGAAAGCGACGAAAGUCCUUCGCUAGAUGAACCCACGAAAGCAGAACAGGAAGACGCAUCAUCUGGCGAUGUUUCGGAAGGUGGAAAUGCGGCAAAAAUAGAAGUAAAGGUUCGCACGAAAGCGGUGCUACCUGUAAACGAUAAAAUCGUGUCUAGUUCCAGUAAUUUUACUUGUAAUCGCGACUAUCCGGCACCUCCACAGCCACCACACAGCCAUCAGUUUCAUCUCCAACCGGAAGGAUUGCCACCAUCGAUUCCCUCUGGCGUAACGGUCCGGAUGCCUGACAUCAUCAACGAGGCGGAAGUUCUUCGACGGCAGCAGCUGCAAAUCGAGCAAGAGAUCAAAGAACUCGAGCAGCAGGUUGGAUUUUUCCGCGAGAUCCCGAACAAACCGCCACCGCCGUACAUUCCCCCAGCCAACGGCAGCCCUCUGGCAUUGCUGUUCCCAUGCGAGCUCCGUAUUGACGAGCUGAUCGAUGGACGCGUAGAAGAGCUGCAUCGCGAUCGUAUCGCUCCGGAGCGAUUGGGAUCGGACCACGUGACAAACGUGUACGAAAAACUGAUCCUCGACAUGUGCAACGAGCUGUAUCGUGAUCUACGUCCUGCGGAUCCGACCGUGUCGUUUCGCACCAUCCCACACGAUAAACGGCCGCUUGUGUUCCACAACCCUCCUGAUGCGCUGUACUGCAUGAAGGACUACCUGCGCCAGAAGGUACGGCGUGUGCUAAGCGAGGCCCAGCUCGCACUCCAGCAGCAACAGCAUCAGCAUCAGCAGGCUCAGCUCCUGCUUCAUCAUCAGCUGCAGCAAGCACAUCCGACGGCGUCACAGCUGCACCAUCACCACUUGUUGCAUCAUCACUGCGCGACCACUGUACCCUUUAUGUUUGCGAACGGUUGCGCCAACAAACGCAAACCCGAUCAAGUCGACGAGAUACUGAAGCAGGAAACACACGACGAUGAUCCACGCUGGACCAACUUCGAUCGCGAAGAGAUCGAGGUGAAAAAUCGCAUCACGGAUGAGCUGCUGAAAUCGCUGCUCACCGAAGCACUGCAGGACAUGACCGAGGCGUUCGAGCGCAAAACCAAGGGUAGGACUGUGGGCGCGAAAAAGGAAAGUGCCAUGUAGGUGCCAUUCGUUCGCGUUGCGCACUUGAGAAGCC